AUGUCAUCAGCAGCUGGAUAUGUACCUAAAGAUGGUGACAGUUCUAAGGAGGAAGUUUAUAUGUCAUCGGCAGUUUGUCGCGUACCUGAAGAUGGUGACAGUACUCAGGAAGAAGUUGAUAUGUCAUUGACAGUUUGUCGCGUACCUGAAGAUGGUGACAGUACUCAGGAGGAAGUUGAUAUGUCAUCGGCAGUUUGUCGCGUACCUGAAGAUGGUGACAGUUUUCAGGAGGAAGUUUAUAUGUCAUCGGCAAUUUGUCGCGUACCUGAAGAUGGUGACAGUACUCAGGAAGAAGUUGAUAUGUCAUUGACAGUUUGUCGCGUACCUGGAGAUGGUGACAGUACUCAGGAGGAAGUUUAUAUGUCGUCGGCAGUUUGUCGCGUACCUGAAGAUGGUGAAAGUACUCAGGAGGAAGUUGAUAUGUCAUUGACAGUUUGUCGCGUACUUGAAGAUGGUGACAGUUCUCAGGAGGAAAUUGAUAUAUCAUUGAGAGUUUGUCGCGUACCUGAAGAUGGUGACAGUACUCAGGAGGAAGAUGAUAUGUCAUCGGCAGUUUGUCGCGUACCUGAAGAUGGUGACAGUUUUCAGGAGGAAGUUUAUGUGUCAUCGGCAAUUUGUCGCGUACCUGAAGAUGGUGACAGUACUCAGGAGGAAGUUUAUAUGUCAUCGGCAGUUUGUCGCGUACCUGAAGAUGGCGACAGUACUCAGGAAGAAGUUGAUAUGACAUCGGCAGCUGGUCGCAUACCUUAA